AUGGAUAUUGAAUAAGAAAACGAUAGAGAGAACGCUGAAGAUUAGAAUCAACAAGAAUAAAUUAAUAAUAAUAAUAAUGAAUAGCAAGCAGUAGUGGAAGUGAAUAACUAAAAAAAUCAGAUAAGCUAAAGUGUAAUUGAUUGUGAAGUUUAGAUACCAGCAGCACCAAUCAAAUUAGAUAAAUAAGAACCUUUGAAACAUGAGCAUGCACCUGGAUAAACUAUAAGAUCUGAGCAAUUGCGAUUGCAAGUUGGCAAAAAACUAGCUGAGAAUCCAGAUUUUUAUUCAAAAAGCAAAUGGCAAUCAAUUAAUGCUUCAAGCACAACGACAAAGCAGUUACCAUUUUAAGGAGAAAGAAAUGCUUAUAAUUUUUGGAAAUCGCAAGUAACAAAUGAUGCAAAGGACAUUUAUUACUCUUUGUUUCAUAGACAAAUAGUUUAGAGCAUCUUGAAAAUGAUUAAUGAUUAGAUGAAGGAUCACUUUUCAGAGCAACAUGAGAAGGAUGUUAAAAAGAGACUGUUUAAAUUGGAUUAGAUAUAUGAAUAUUUUGGAGUGAAAAUUCUGAUGGGGUACAAUAGAAUGCCUGAUCCAGAAGACUAUUUUAAUGAUAAAUUACCUUUCCGUAAUAAGAUCGGAGAAUUAAUCAAAGUUGGUAGGUUUAAGUUCUUGGAAUAAAAUACUAAUUUAAGAGAUGAGGUGAUGAUUCAAGCAAAAUAUCACAAUUUGAAAUAAGAGGAUGUUGAGAAGAAAUUCAAAGUGGAAGGAGAAGUCUACAGUUAUUUAACAAAGAAAUUGAAUAAGAAAUUUAGGAUAUCUCACGAUGCAGGUUAAUGUUUGGCAGUAAUUAAGAACAAUUUAUUUGAAGCCUAAGAUUUAUAAGGGAGAUCAAUCGAAUGUAUAUUGCUUAUGGAUGUACAAACACAAUAUAUAAUAGCUAUUCGAUUUUGUUUUAGAGAAAACAUAAGCAACACCAUAUUUAAUAUGUUGGAUCCAUAUAAGCACAAGAAUCACAAAUUAUAUUUCCAGCAGGAAUUGCUAACUCUAGAGUAAGUGCAAAUAUUGGUGGAGUUCUUUGCUAUAUACUCAUGUGGUAUACUGGCAUCAACUACUUAAACGUAGAAGAUAGACUUCAAAGAUGGACUUGUAACAAACAAUCAUGUAAUGUUACUUAAAUUGCUUACACCUAAUUAAGCAGAUUUCAAGGUCUUUGCUUCAACUGCUGAUGGAUUCCACAGAAACACCAGUCAAGAUAAGAAGAGUUAUGCAGUUGUCAUCUAUUAGGAAUACAUUAAAUUAGUAGAACAAUAUCCUGCUCUUUCAGAUGCCUAUAAGUGUUUAUUCUCUUCUGCCACUGUCAAUGGAGCCAUCUAUACUGAAAUGUAAGAGAUCGUCAUUUGGAACAGUUUCAUUGCUUUUAAAAGUAUUUAGAAAGUAAAUUCUCAAAUCAACUUCUUAGAGUUCAGACUUACUCUAGCUAAACAAUUACUCAGAGCUAAAAUGAAGAAUAUUCCAAAUGUUUCAGAAACACAUCACAAUCUUUAAACUGCAUAGCCAAGAUAUUCAACUAUCGGAAUUGUGACAGAUAUUAUGGGAAGUUUCAAUCCUCAAGACAUGGAACUAUUGCCUAAGAUCAAUUUCCAUGUCCCAAGAAAAUGUAAUCCUCCUGCAAAAUUACAAAAUAAACUUGUUUGUCUAGUUUGUAAAAAGGUUCCUACUGAAAUGGUAGAAUGUGAAUCAUGCUCUGAAAUUUCAGGAAAACUGAUAACCCUAUGUGCUACUGAAUGCUUUUCACUGUUCCAUUAAGAACCAAAGAAAUAUGUUCAAUCUGCUAUGGAUUUGCCAGUUCUUUAAUAGUCCGCAUAGUUUGAACAAUCGACAUUGGGUAAUUCAGAAGCCUAUUAAUAAUCCUACAUGAAUAGACAAAGUAAAUGA